ACAAGGCAAGGGGUUUGAGGAGGUUUUAAGCCCAUAGUGGAAAAAGAAUCUCAGAAACACAGCCACAGUACGCCGAACUCCAUGCCAAUGUCUCCGCCGCAGAAUCAACCCGAACACCACCAAUCCGAUGCCGAACCUUCAGAUCCUUCUCUCAAUCAACCAGCUUCAGACUCUUCCGAACCGGAACUCGCCGGAGGGGAACAAGAGGAGGAAGAAGGAGAGUGUGGAUUCUGCCUAUUCAUGAAAGGAGGUGGUUGCAAAGAUACCUUCGUCGAUUGGGAAAAUUGCGUGAAAGAAGCCGAAGAUAAAAACGAAGACCUUGUUGAAAAGUGCUCUCAGGUAACCGCAAAUUUGAAGCAGUGUAUGGAUUCUCAUUCCGAUUACUAUGAACCUAUUCUUAGGGCUGAGAAGCACGCGGAAGAGCAAGUUGCUAUUCAAUUGGAGAAAGAAAAGCAGGAUUCGGAAGCUAGUAACAAUCAACAGGAAGCCCCUUCUCAAUCAAAUCAAAACGACCAUGAGUUGGAGUUGAAGGCUACGCCGACGCCCCCAAAGCAAGAUGCAAAGGAGCAAUCAAAUUCAGAAGCAGAAAAGCGUUCUCCUGACCAACCAGCUUCGGAGGCUCCAAAAGCAGAAGACAAAGAGAAAGAGGAGGAGGAGGAGGAAGGUGAGUGCGGAUUCUGCGUGUUCAUGAAAGGAGGAGGUUGCAGAGACACCUUUGUUGAUUGGGAGAAUUGUGUGAUGGAGGCGGAGGAGAACAAAGAGGACAUCGUUGAAAAGUGCUCUCAGGUCACCUCCCUUUUGAAGCAGUGUAUGGAUUCCCAUUCCGAUUAUUACGCACCCAUCCUUGUGGCUGAGAAGCAAAUUGAAGAACAAGCUGUCAUCGAAUUGGAGAAAGAAAAACUAGAUUCGGCAACCAGUAACAAUGAACAGGAAGCCCCCUCUCAUUCUAACCAAAAGUGAUAAUUAAUUUCCAUGCUUAUUUUUUUUUUCUUCACCAUUGUUAUACUAGCAUUACCUUUCUACAGCAUCCCCAUAUUCCAAUAGAUAACAUAUCUAUUUAAAAUUUGUUACUGGCAAGACUUUUUCUAUGACAGAAAGAGGAUCUGGCUAGUCCCCAUUUUGUCACAAUAAGUGAAAUUUUGGAUAUUUUCUGACUUA